CUUAAACUCCCUCCUUCUUCUAUCUUUGUUUUUAAUUGUCUCCCCCUCUGGAAGCCUGUGAAAAGGAGUCUUUUGGAGUAUUUUGUAUUCCAGUCGAACCGAACGAGGAGCUUAAUUGCUUCCUCUGUUGCCUCUCAAGAUGGUCACAAAAUCGAGAGCGUACAACUGGUAUGUGUCCGGUGAUACAAGAAAGCAUCCGAAAACUAACUGGUAACCUUCAGGUACAUUUCUCUCGUGGCAGCAGGAUGUAUGGUAUUUAUGGGAUAUGAUGCCUCCGUUUUUAAUGCCGUUCAAGGCAACAAACAUUGGCUCGUCUUCUUCGACGCUCCUGUACGAAAUCCUUUGCCCACUAAGAAAGUCUCAAGACUGAUGUUACAUAUAGAAAGGAAAUCUUUUGGGCUUGAUCAACACCUCCUACUCAAUUGGCGCCAUUGUCGCUGGAUGGUUUAUGGCAGGUCCUAUUGUAAGCACAACACAGUUAUUCAAUCUCCUAAACUAUACGAUUGUGCUGACCCGCUCAGGCUGAUUUUCUAGGUCGAAAAUGGGGAAUUGGAAUCGGAUGUGUUUUGACAAUCAUCGCAAGUUUGAUUCAAGCCUUCGCUCCUCGUCACAAGAUUGGUGUCUUCAUUCUUGGUCGUGUAAUCAUUGGUAUUGGACAGGGUAUUGCUCUGAGUAUGUUUAAUUCCCAUCACUCCCAAUGUUAUAGUAUCACUAAUGUUUUCUUCAGCUGCCGGACCUGUCUAUAUCGGAGAGAUCACACCUGCCGAAAUUCGAGGAAAGGUCAUGUCCUUCUGGCAACUCUUCUACUCAGUCGGUUCCUUCAUUGUAUACUGGGUCAAUUACGCCGCAUCUAAGCACUCGGUCAAGCUUGGAGAAUGGGACUGGAGAAUAGUCGUCAUUUUCCAAAUGCUCGUACCAUUUCUUAUCCUUUUCCAAUUGCCCUUCAUCCCAGAAACCCCUCGCUGGUAUAUAAGACAUGGAGAUCGUGUUGAAGAUGCCCGCAAAGCUCUUCGACAAGUCCGAGACACCGAGCAAGAGAUUGAGGAUGAACUCCUCCAGAUUCGGGAGGCCAUGGCUUUUGAGAAGGAAGUAGUCUCUGAUUCAUACUACGCACUGUUCAAAGAUGCAUCAAUCCGCAGACGUCUUUAUCUUGCUUUUGUCAUUAAUAUCGGCCAGCAACUUACCGGUCAAGGAACACUCAACUCCUAUUCAUCGACAAUUUACAAGAAGGUUUUCAAAUCCGUUGAUACCAUCAAUCUUAUCAACGCCUUGAAUGCUACGUGUGGUAUUAUAUUUACCUUGAAUGCUACGUGGACUGUCGAUCGCUUUGGAAGAAAAUUCCUUUUCAUUGUCGGUGCAGCGGGAAUGGCACUCUGCAUGAUGAUCGUCCCCAUAGUGGGCCUUGAAACUCCAGAUAUCGAUGGCGGUAAAUCGCUUCCUGUGGGGAUCUCGAUCGUAUUCCUCCUCUUCUUGUUCAUUUUCUUCUACAAACCAUCUUGGGGUGCCACUACUUGGAUUUGGACUGCCGAAGUCUUUUCGAUGAAUGUUCGGACUCAAGCAGUAGGGAUGUGUUCGCAGAUGCAAAAUGUUGCGCAGUGUAUCUUUAACCAGUUUUUCCCAAUAUUCUACGAAAAUUGUGGAUUGUAUGUCUUCCUUCCCCUUUCCUACUCUUCUCGUACCGACAUCCGGAAACUAACGCGAAGUCUUCGAUAGAAAAUCCUUCUUUUUCUUCAUGACUGCCAAUAUCUGCUUAGGGGCAUUCGUCUACUUUCUGGUUCCAGAAACAAAAUCCGUUGCUCUGGAAGAGAUUGAUGUUCUUUUCGGUGGAGCCAAUCAUACUGAGAAGGGGGGUGAUUUGUUAAAUAUUGAGGAUCCACAUCACGCUCAUGUCGGCGAUAACGAAAUUCCCCUUGAUGUAUCUGAGAAGACUACUCCAGUCGUAAACACUAUUGAAGAGCUCCCUGCCAAAGAGAUAAAGUUGUAGAUUCGUAUUCAAUCAGGAGCUGGAUGAUACUUGGUGGUAGCGAGUUUUAAUGUUAAUAUAUACCAAAUUGUGUUCGAAUCUGCAAACGUGGAAUCGGAAACGACUUCAUC